AUGCUUGCCAAAGCCAACAAGAAAUACGAGGCCAACCGGCCUCUGCCCUCGCAGUUUACCUCCAAAGCGACCGACCUCGGCAAACAACUCUUUCCAUCCAGCAGCCCCAGUCACACUCAGUCGGACAUUCGGGACCAGCUCAAAUGGCGUGGACCGCCGCGCUUUCUUAACUCGUCACCCUCGACAGCGCAGUCCAGACGACCACAAUGCAAGCAGCCAGACCACGAGCCAGUCUGUUACAAAGGCACUACAAGCGGCAACGGAGCGGGCAAAGGAUCAUUGGCUUCUCUCUACCGCAAUUCAUCCUCUUCCUUCCAGGAUAACUUCAUUGACUUGACAGGAGAUGACAAUACCAAGACGCGGCAACCGGUAGUUGAAAUCCUCGACGGAGAUUUUAGCGACGACAGCGACUUCGACAUCGAUUUGAAAGUACCAUCGGCCAUUCCACCCUCCAAAGUUACUUCUAUUUCCAAUUUGGCAACAUCGAGCCGACCUCCAGAAUCUUCAGAGCAAGAGAUACCGUGGUCGUCAUCGCCAGCGUCCCAUCUUCUACCACCACAGAAGCCUCGAAACCAGUCAAAUCCAUCAGGAAACAGCGGCUCUUUGAAACGAGAAUCGCUAGAGCUUCAUGACGAUUGCGUCGAGUUGCCUGCACCCAAGAAGACGAAGCCUGAUGACGAUUGCUUCGAGACGCCUGCACCUCAAAAGGCGAAGAAGAGGGCGCUGCCCUCUGGCUGGCAGCGAGAGAAUGUUUUAGAAGAAAAAACGUUAGACACAGAGCCACAGACGCCGGCGGAGAAAGGACAGGCUCGAGGCCUAUGGGACCCAUCGGCCAGUACCGUAAAGGAACUGAAGAAGCAGCUCAAAAGCCAGAGAAGCACAAAGCAGGAAGUCUCGGAAGCUGAAGCCUUGCCAGCUCAGCGUGAGCCAUCUCUUGCUCCUGCUCCACGCUCAGGUGCCAUUGCGUUAAGUAGUGAGCAGCUGCAUGUGAGGGAUCUCGUGGUCGACCAAGGGCAGAGCGUCUUUUUUACCGGACCUGCGGGCACGGGUAAAUCGGUGUUGAUGAGAGCUAUCAUACAAGCGCUCGAUGACAAGCAUGGGCAUGGAACCGAGCGUGUGGCAGUCACGGCAUCAACCGGGCUUGCUGCAUGCAAUAUUGGUGGCAUCACACUGCACAGCUUCUCGGGCAUUGGGUUGGGCAAAGAGAGCGCCACCGCUCUGGUCAAAAAGGUGCGAAGAAACCCAAAGGCCAAGAACCGAUGGCUCAAGACAAAGGUUCUAGUUAUUGACGAGAUUUCCAUGGUGGAUGGAGAUUUAUUUGACAAGCUGUCGCAAAUUGGGCGGACAAUACGCAACAAUGCCCCGGUCAAGUUUGCUUUUGAUGCGGCAACUUGGACUACAUCGAUAGACCACACGAUUGGACUAAAUCAGGUAUUUCGACAGCGUGACCCGGAGUUUGCUCGCAUGCUCAAUGAAAUGCGACUGGGCAAGAUUACGGACGAGACGGUACGGGCAUUCAAGGCCCUGGAGCGACCGCUCAAGUUCGACGAUGGUGUGGACUCUGCAGAGCUAUUCCCUCUUCGUGCACAAGUUGAAGGAUCCAACGAGAAGCGACUACGAGACUUGCCGGGGGAGAUACACAGAUUUGAAGCUGCGGAUACAGGAGACCCAGCGGUCAGAGACAGACUACUCGCCAACAUGAUGGCACCCAAGUCGAUUGAUUUGAAGGUGGGUGCACAGGUGAUGCUCAUCAAGAAUCUGGAUGGGUCGCUGGUGAAUGGAUCAGUUGGUCGUGUGAUUGGAUUCUCGGACGAGAAAACGUUCCAGAAGAAUAAGGGCAUAAUGGACGACACAGUUGAGGAUUUAGCGACAAAAAGGGCACGCAAGAAGCUUGGCAGCUUCAGCCGGGACAGCGAAUUGACGACAUCUUGGAAGGAAUAUCCGAUGGUGCAGUUUCCUUCGGGAUCUGACGACAGGCUGGGACGUGUGCUUCUGUGUCAGCCGGAAGAGUGGACAGUUGAGCUUCCAAACGGUGAGAUUCAAGCGAAGCGAACACAGCUGCCGCUGAUCUUGGCGUGGGCACUGUCGAUCCACAAAGCACAAGGGCAGACACUGGAGCGAGUGACUGUCAACUUGAGCAGAAUCUUUGAAAAGGGCCAGGCGUACGUGGCGCUCUCUCGAGCAACGUCGCAGGAUGGUCUUCGUGUAUUGGGGUUCGAUAAGCACAAGGUCAUGGCGCAUCCCAAGGUGGUGGAGUUUUAUGACAAGCUGUACUCGGCGGCGGAGGCGGGGCGAGAGCAUCGGCGCCGACCCGCCGAAGACCAGGAAACCAGAAAGAGCAACAAGGAGCAGGUACUCGGUUACUUGGGCAACUUCCAUCUCCUUCCUUCCCCUCGUGCUCGUCUCCGAUCCACCGACGGCGCGCGCGAAUCACGACAAUCGAAAUCGGCCGGCAGUCCGCAAACGACGAGACAGCUCUCCAACUCCCGCAAGCUUUACAAUCCCGACUUGAUCAGAAAGUCCCCAUUCAAUCUACCGCCACCGUCAACCUUGAUCGCCUAA